UUUCCCAGACUUCAUGCAGCUGCACGGACGAAUGCAUCAUUUCGAUCUCAAGAGAACAAGCACCACCAUUCUGGUGUUUCACCAUUCCUUUCCCUUGACGUCGACAUGAUUGCAUUCUUCCCAUCUGAAUACAUGCAUCUCGUUUGCCUGGGAGUCAUGCGACGACUUUUAAGGAAUUGCCAAGGCCACAGUAACAGACUGAGCAGACUGUAUCGCAAUCAACUGAAUGAAAGCCUGCAAGAGGCAUCCAAGGCCUUUCCAACAUGUUUCCAGCGGAAACCAAGGGGUACAGAAGAGCUUGAUCGGUGGAAGGCAACAGAGUUUCGGACAUUCCUCCUUUAUGUGGGGCCUGUUGUCCUAAAGCCUCUUCUGCCUGCUUCUCAGUACAAGCAUUUUGUAAUGUUUCAUGUGGCGGUCAGAAUUUUAGCAUCGCCUCAGCACUACCGUGAGUACAAUGUUUUUGCCAAAGAUUUGCUAAGGUAUUUUGUUCAGGAGCUUAGUGAGCUAUACGGGAAAAAACAGCUCGUGUACAAUGUACACUCACUAAUUCAUCUUGCUGACCAGUGCCUAGACCAUGGCCCUUUAGAUGAGUUUAGUGCAUUCCCUUUCGAAAGCUACCUUGGACGAAUUAAAAAGUUGCUGCGAUCUUCCAACAAGCCACUUUCGCAACUAAGUAGGAGAAUUUCUGAACUGAGGCACUCAUCCAGGAACCAAGUCAAGCAGAAACUGCAACAUGUGAAGCCUGGAGACUGCUUCCUGAUUGACAGUACUCCUGUGGUGGUUCUGGAGAUAAUGGCAGACCACUUCAAGGGUGGGAUUUUGCCAAAUGCCAGGGACUUUUUCAAACUUCCACUGAAGUCGUCUCAGUUGAAUAUCUGGCGCUGCAAUACGUUGAGUAACGAAAGAAAGGUCUGGCAUCUUGAUGACCUUCGGAACACAGCUCGGUGCCUGAGGCUAAACUACAAGCAAGGACAUGUUGUUAUUCCUCUUUUGCACUUUCACUGAAGCUGUCAGUGGCCGUUGGGCUUGUAGUGAC